GCCCCCUGCUGGAUGUUCAGCGAAGCCAGCGAAUAAAAAAGAAAGAAAGAAGGGGAAUCGAAUCAACCAAACAAAGCGAAAAAAAGAGCCGCUUCACCUUCGUCCUGUGCGAGGACUUCAGACAGGCGCGUAUCUGCGACCAGGACCUGAGCAAAGGUCCCGUAACCCGUCCGCACCGUGCGACAAUAUCCCCCGGGGGAACAACGACAAAGGACAACCAAGAUGGUGAAGGCGAAAAAAUCGUGGCCGAAACGCGUCGCCACCAGCACGGAGCGGCACACCAGGACGGCGGCGGCGGCAGGGGCUCUGGUGGAGUCGCCUAAACCCGCAGUGCAGGUCGUGGGGGGCUCCAAGAAGAGCAAAGCCAAAAAGGCUGCCAUCAAGAAACAGGUGGAGGAGGACACCAAGGAGGACGAGGAGCGCUGCUCCCUGCUCGACCUGGGGGCGCAGAAGGAGCGGUGGCUCAGCUUCGUCCAACAGCAAAGUCUCAGCAAUGAAGAUGCGGCCAAACUUCUGCUGGACUCCUUUGAGUACAAAGGGCUGGUGAAGCACAGCGGAGGAUGUCACUGCGGAGCUGUUCGUUUUGAGGUUUGGGCAUCUUCUGACGUCCAUGUCUUUGACUGCAACUGCAGCAUUUGUGUAAAGAAGCAGAAUCGCCAUUUCAUUGUCCCUGCAUCACGCUUCAAGUUACUGAAGGGUGUAAAUAACCUCACCACCUACACCUUCAACACUAACAAAGCACAACAUAGAUUCUGCAAGACCUGCGGCGUCCAGAGUUUCUACGUACCUCGCUCCAACCCUGAUGGCUAUGGCAUUGCUCCACACUGCCUUGACGAAGGGACGGUGCGCAGUAUCCACGUGGAGCAGAUAAAUGGCAAAGAAUGGGAGAAAGCAAUGAAAGAGCACAAGACCAUUCGCAACAUGUCAAAGUCUUGAAAGCGUCCAGACAGUUUUAUUCCUUGUCAUUUUUAGGUUUCCGUCCAUUACUAGUUUUUUACAUUACUGCCAUUGUGGCCUGUGUUCAAUUUAGUGAAUUAAAUCUUUUCUAUACAUUCAAUGACAUUUGUUUUUGCUUUUUUCAAAACAUGUAAAACCUACUAAUUGUUAUAAAAAAAAAAAAUAAUGUUCCCCCUUAGGGCUCAUGCACACGGCCGUAGCCUGCUGGCCUCUUUUCUUUUUACACCUCCACAAAUGUCCUAUUUUUGUGCCCAAAGGACAAGUAUAGGACAUGUUGUUUUUUUUUUUUUUUUUAUUGUGGGGCCGUUUCGUGGCCCCAUUGAGAUGAAUGGGUCCAAAUCUGAUCUGCAAAAAAAUGAGUAUCGGAUGCGGAACAAAACUACGGCCAUGUGCAUGAGCCCUUAGAUGAAGUGCAGCCAGAAAUGUAUGUAUGGCUCUGUUCACAUUGUCAUGUAGCAUAGUGCUAUUGUUUUGAUGGCAAAAACAUUGCAGCACCAUUCUUGACAUCAAGUGUGACAGAAUUGCCCGUGGAGGCUUCAAAUCGUCAGAGGCAAAUGUGACCCUGUGUAUUAUACUGUAUUGUCUUUCACUCUGCUGUUUCUUUCCAUUCUUGCUGAGGUGGUGAGUUUUUCCCGAUGUGAGGUCUUCCCUCUCUUCUCUCCUUCAUGGUAUUUCCCUGAAAAAGUAAUAACCUGCAGCUGCAUCCCCCUCCUCCCUGUAUAUUUAAAGCAGAUUAUUUGGGUUGUGCAAUUACAGAGAACCUGCAAGCAGUGAAAGAGAGGAAAAUGACACAUUUAUGUCAACCAAAAUAAUAGCAAAUGAUUCCCAUCUUAUAAAGUGAUGCCAUAUUGGACCCACCCUGAAAAUGAAGAGACUGGUGUAGGCCUGCAUCCCUUCAUGGAUUCAUGUGAAUAAAACGCAGCGCUAGAGGACGCAAUCUGCCAUCACUUUAUAGGAUGGGAAUGCCCCUUUAAAUAAUUUUCUAUUGCAGAGAACAUGCUAUUGUAUCUGAGAAGUGCUAAAAUUCCAUUUAUAUUUUCUUGUAUUUAGAAUCCACUCCUGCAUUUGGCUUUAAAAGGCACCUUUAGAAGUUGCUUAAAACUGACAGUAUGAACAAGACCAUCACUUGAUGUCAGUUUCCUUUUUGACCUAUACUUUGUUACGAUACUAUACGAUAUACUAUACUGAACCUUUGGUGUGUAGUAGUCACUAAACAUUUUCUACAAGAUUCCCAUGCUGUAAUAAUAAAAAUAAUAAAAUUCAA